AUGGCCACGCAUUUGAAGCGUCAUCACCCCGGUGUUCCACUGACAGGAGUGAAAACAAAAGCUGUUCAGCAACCGCUCAUCACCGCAGCAUUUAAACAGCCCCUCAUUCCACAAUCGGACCGGGCUAAAGCCAUCACAAAAGCAAUCGGCGUGUUUAUCGGAGCAGACAUGAGGCCAUAUUCGAUUGUGCAGAACGAGGGCUUUAAGCACAUGCUGAAAGUGCUUGAGCCACGUUACAACAUCCCGUCGCGCACCCACUUCAGCGAAAAGGUUGUGUCAGAACUUUAUGAACAGGAGAAGAAAAAAGUUGUGGAUGAACUAUCCCAAGCAUCGUCUGUUGCGCUCACGACAGACGGGUGGAUGUCCAGGGGAACGGAGAGCUAUGUGACAAUAACCGCUCACUUCAUCACGGCAGACUGGGAGAUGAGAAGUCCGGUGCUGCAGACACGCCCCCUCUACGAGAGUCACACAAGCGCUCAUCUUGCGCAGGUGCUGACAGAAGCGGUGGACGAAUGGAAGCUAAAGAGGCCCAGUACUAAUAUCCCAGUCACAACUGACAAUGCCAAAAACCAAGUUAAUGCAGUAAUUGAGGCAGGACUGGGCCCACAGAUAGGGUGCUUUGCGCAUGUCGUGAAUUUGGCAUCUCAGAAGGGAAUCUCUGUCAGUAGGAUGGACCGCCUCUUUGGGAGGAUCAGGAAGGUGGUUUCCUACUUCCACCGAAGCACAACAGCUGCCCAUGUGCUGAAAACAAAGCAAGAAAUGCUAAAGCUGCCUAAACACAAGCUCAUAAAUGAUGUGCCAACAAGGUGUAACUCCACUUAUGAUAUGCUGGCGCGUUAUCUGGAGCAGCAGGCAGCUAUAUACUCUGCACUGACUGACAAGACCCUAAAGAAAAUGGUCAAGGACAUCAUUACCCUGUCUGAUGAUGAUGUGAGAGUGGCAGAGGAGGUCCUCCAGGUGCUUCAACCCCUCAAGAUGGUUACAACUCUUCUGAGCACUGAAAGUUCACCAUCUGUAUCGAUGAUCCUGCCCCUAAAAACAAGGAUUCUCCAAUCGAUGGCUCCAGGUGUGGAAGACAGCACCAUCACACGAGAUGUCAAGACUGCCAUUAGAGAGGACCUGCAGCCCAGAUACACUUCACCCCCUACUCUACAGGACUACCUUCACAGAUCUACUGCCCUGGAUCCAAGGUUCAAGUCCCUGUCUCACAUGGACCCUGCCCUACGCCAGAGGACAUACAGUGACCUCACCACCGAGAUUGUGAGCAGUCUGGGCACUAGAGACUGUGAUGAGGGUCAAGCUCAAGCUGCAGAGCCAACAGGAGCAAACUUGGACUCAUCAUCUCCUCCACAAAAGAAGUCGGCGAUGGCAGAGUUUGGAGAGACCUUUGCCAGCAAAGACAACAAGACUUCUGCUGACAUCAUCAAAGAGGAGGUGGAAUCCUAUCUGCUGGCAGCAAGCGGCAUUAUAGUGGAUGGUGAUCCGAUGACAUGGUGGAAAAGCAAUGAGUGUAAAUACCCUCAUGUUGCCAGGAUGCUUAGUCAAACAUCAUGGCUGGUAGGCAUCACAAAGUUACAGAAGGAGGAAAUAGAUGGUACAUCUUCUAUGCUGGCUAUAGAGCCUCUCCGAGCAGAUCAAAGGGAUGAACUUCAGUCUGCAGAAGAAGUCAACCCGUCAAACUUUGGAAAGAGCACAAAAAAGUUUAAAUCCGCCAACAAAGAGGCAUGUUUUAGAGGGUUUUACCAGCAACUCUACAAAAACCUGAAACACGCAGGCAUGCUUUCCAACACGGUCAUAUUCAACACAUUUGGAACUACUCAGGUCUUCCAAGUCUCCAACAGGAAACCACGGACCAUCUACAUACCCCCUUUACCAUAG